GUUACAGAUGGUGAAAUACCCUGCAUUCUCUUCAUUGCUAAGAAGGUAACACUUCGAAUUGGAGACCAGCCCGAGAUAGAUUUGACAAACAGAACUUUUGGGAGCACUGCUCCCAAAAUUAAUACCAGGGAUUCAACAUGUACUGCAGAUAAAGCUAUGCUUUCCUUGAACUAUGGUGAUGUUGGAAAUCUAAAGCAACUUGUCAUUAGGUUUGAAAUGUCAUAUAAUUAUCAUACAACUUCUGUUCAGAAGUGGUUUAGCCUGGAUUUUGUGCAGAUCUUCCACAACAAUUCAUUACAAGCAAUAUUCAAUGCAUCUGAAAUCUAUGCUCCAGUUACCAAUUCAUACCACUGUCAAUACAUCAGUAGUCUGCAGAAACAUGAAGCACUACUCGUGUCCAGAUUCCAAGAAGACAGAACAAGAUUGUGGCAUAUUACCUUUGUGGAGUUUCAGAUUCAAGGCUUUAAUAUUAAAGUGGGACACUUUGCUUCAGCAAGAGACUGUGCCUCAUUCUUCACACCAGCUGUCUUGAUGGGCCUAGUAAUUUCUCUCAUACUUGUGCUCGUUCUUGCUUAUGCAGGGCAUAUGUUGAUCCAUUUAAAAAGAAUGGAAGAGUACAAUUAA